GAAGGGCCGGGGCGGGGCUUGCCGAGGCUCCGAGUCAAAGCUCGGGGCACGGCCCGGCUCCCGCAGGCUCUUUCGAUUCUGCUGGCAACCGGUUCUGCCCCUGUGUGGCCUAGGGGAGUGCCGAAGGGGCCCGGUCGCCCUGGCCAGCCCCAGCCCUGGCUCCUUGGACCGCCCUGCCCAGCAGGCCCUCCUCCCCAACGACACAGUCCCAAAUCUGCUCUUGCAGCUGGGAGGAGCCCGGGAUCCCAGACCUGAACCAGCGAGAAAGCCCCCUGGACGAUGGGUGAGACGUUCUCCCAGCUGGGCUCCCGGGAGGAUGAAAACAAGCCGAUUCUACGCCCCGCCGCAGCCGUCGUCAGCAAGGCUGCCAGAUGCGCCAGCUUCGUGACUUGUCCCACCUGCCAGGGCAGUGGGGAGAUCCCUCGAGAGCUAGAAAAGCAGCUGGUGGCCCUCAUCCCCUAUGGGGACCAGAGGCUGAAGCCCAGGCACACGAAGCUGUCCGUGUUCCUGGCGGUGCUCAUCUGCCUCGUGACCGCCGCCCUCGUUGUGUUUUUCCUGUUUCCCCGCUCCAUCGCCCUGCAGCCCGCGGGCCUCAACUCCUCCACCGUGGCCUUAGAUGAGACUGACAUCCACCUCAACAUAACGAAUGUCUUGAACAUCUCCAAUAGCAACUACUACCCCGUCACGGUGACCCAGCUCGCCACUGAGGUCCAGCAUCUGUCCGUCGUGGUGGGGCGGGUCUCCAGCAGCCUCCUCCUGCACGUCGGCCCUUUGGCCAGUGAACAGAUUUUUUACGGAGUAGCCAGCAAGAUCGGGGAUGAAAACACAUACAAAAUCUGUAGCUGGCAGAAAAUCAAUGUCCACCACGUGCUUCUGCACAUCCAGGGCACCUUGACCUGCACCUACCUGAGCCAUUCGGAGCAGCUGGUCUUCCAGAGCUACGAGUACGUGGACUGCCGGGGGAACAGGUCGGCGCCCCACUCGCUCGCGCCGCACCCGCCGUGACCUGUCUGCUGUCCCCAAACUCCAGGCGCCUGCCAGCCUGGCCCGGAUCUCUUGCAGCACCGCGGUGUCUAGCAAAGGACUCUGGUGACUGCUCUGUCCUGCCCUCCCAUGCGCCCCCCACUGUCCCCCUGUGGCACAGGAAGUUAACUCCCCACAUGCACAGCAGCGGCCUCUGAUUGCCACGGUCAUGGAGGCCCGGCUCCGCUAGGGGCUGCUGCCGGCCUUUCCCCUCCUGCCGUCUGGAGGAAGGUCUGCGCCAGUGUUUCCUCGGAGGCCCCACAGUGGCCCCUGCCCUGUCCGGUCCGAGCACCUGAGCCGCCCAGCUCCUGUGGCCUGGCCUUUCCUCCUGCCUCGGUGUGAAGAAAGCUUUCGUUUUCUCUGGCUUUAGAAACAUGACUUCUUUCCAGGUUCUCCACCUAGUGAUAGGGAAGCACCAGGUGGGGGGAGCAUUCAGUGCUGUCUCCAGGGUCUCUUAGGGCACACAGGUGCUCUCCUGUGCCUUUUUCCUGGCUGUGGCCGGUGGCAACGUGAUGGCGAUGGUCUGCUACUCCCUGGGCGCUCGUCCCCUGCCCAUCUGCCAGCUGGGUCGGCCAAGGCCCUUUCGUUCUGCGUCCUUCCUGCUUCAAGUCCCUCCCGUUCCUGGGAAGGCAGCCGCAGCCACUCUGCAGCCCAAGCUUCUCUCCAUAAAGCAGUUUUAUUAUUCUCUUCACAGCAGGAGCCGAGGGGGAGGGGAGGGGAGGGAGGCUCCCGACAUCCCUGGGGCCCACGUGGGGAAAUCAGGCAAAGCCAGAGUUGUUUUUAAAGGUAUUUAUUGGGGGAAAGAAGUAUUUAUUGAAGGAGAGCCUGUGCGAGUAGGCGCAGCCAGCCGAGCAGCGGCCUGGCUGCCGUCCCCCGAGAAGGGGGCAGCGGUGGGGCCAGCAGUACCCAGCCAAGAGGCUGGGCUCUGCCACACCAGCACCCGCCGACUGCUGUCGCCGGAGGCGUCUGCUUUCCUUUGGCCAUUGGCCGUCUGGAGCGGCUCAUCCCGAGGGUUGUGUCCAGACCCCUCCCCCCUCUCUGCUGUCACUCAGCCGAAACUAAGCUCCAGGGACUCCAGGCCCCACGGGGCUCCGAGCAGGGGCGGCUUCCCCUCUCCAGCGGAGCAGAAGUGGUGUUUGCUCACGAAGGUCUUAUCAGACAGCGGAGCGAUGAGCUUAGGUGGCGGGGAAAGCGGAACUUCGGGAGUAGGAUGGAUGGAGGGGGGACUGGUGGCAGCCCGGUGGCCGGCUGGCUGGCCAGCCGGGACAGCAGGGGGAAGGAGGCUGUGCUGCGUGUCUCCACGCCUUGAAGUCUAGGCCCCGGGCUCAGGGCGGUGCCGGCCCGAGCACAGGAGUCCUGGAAAGCCAGGCUGGAGCUUCUGCUGAGUGUCCGGCACCAAAUGUAAAGAUUUAUACUGUAGUCAAUAAACUGUCCUUAACAAUGUUUA